AUCAACUUCACAGGUAUUCUGCAAUGCUUUCAAUAAUUUGUCAGUUCAACGCUGAUUCCUCGAGGCUCACAUCAAUGUACUAGUCAGGCUGUUUCCCGCACCUCAUAGUCAAUAACUCUAUUCCUCCUCGACGAUGGCAGCCAACACGACUUCGAUGAAACCAUGGGCAGAUACCCCGCUCGCGUUAAUCCCAACUCCUAUCUUUUUAACUAAAAAGCAUGACCUCUUUACCGCUGGCGCAAGUCACAUGUGUAUGGUCCACAACUCCAUAUUCAGAGGAUACAACCCCAUCUACCACCAAGCUCCACAUGUCGCCGAGCCCGAAAAAGCUGACUUUAUCGGCUACUGUUUGGCAUGGCAUAAGUUCGUGAAGUUUCAUGCCGACAAUGAAGAUGUCAGCUUGUUUCCGAGAACAGAAGCGCUUCUGGAUGACAAGACGAUCUUUUUGGAAUCACAUAAAGAGCAUGAUGCCUUCAUGCCCGGCCUUGCCAACUUCCAAGAAUACCUCACCAACCUCCCCUCACCCACCGCCUUCUCCGGCCCCAAACUCCUCGAACUAAUGUCCUCCUUCCAAACCCCCUUCGAAACCCACAUGCGCUCCGAAAUUACCACCAUCGCCAACCUCUCAACUCACCCCAACACCCCAGCAGCAGGGAGUCCAAAAGAGAAAGCCACGCAAGCAGAAUUCGACAAGCGAGAAGGUGACAAGAUCCGAGAAGCGGGCAUGACGGACGUUCUGCCUUUCUUUCUGUUUAAUUUUGAUGGAGAGUUUGAGGAGGGGCUGUGGAGGGAUUGGCCGCCGAUUCCGGGGCUGGUGAGGUGGGUGGUGAUGGGUGUUGCGAGGUUGUUGCAUCCGGGGUGGUGGAAGUUUGCGAGUUGUGAUGGGGGGAGGAGGAGGAGGGAGUUGUAUGCAUUGGCUGGGACGGAAUAGUGAGAUGGGCUCUCGCUAGCGAACGAGUUGGUGAUUAAUUGGGUGGGAUUUUGAGGUUAAUAUUUCGGUUUAGUUGGUUUAGCUUCAUGUACUGACCGUAGGGUUUGAUCCCAGGGCGGUUGCUUCAACGGCGAAAAGGGGGCGGGGUAUUUAGCCGAGCUUGACAAAUAUACUUUCGAAGAGACUUAACAGACGAUUGAGAAUUAU